AUGAGUUCGGAUAAAAUGGAAAAUGAGACAAAGGUUGGGUCUAAAGACUCCUCAAUGACUCUCUCCAGCUUGGGCAGGGAAGAGACAGUCGCAUUGCCUUCUAACACUUCAUCUUCCUCAGAUCUUGAAAGAUUAGCCAUAGAGGCACAGUUGGAAAAUGACAACUCUAAUUCUUAUUCAGUAUACUCAACAGCAGAGAUAUACUGUAUUGUUCUGUUGAGCUCUUUUGCAGGUAUGUUUUCGACCAUCUCUUCUCCGAUAUACCUUCCUGUAUUGCCAGUGUUGCGCGACUAUUUCGGAACUACAGAAGAACAUAUGAAUUUGACGGUGGUAGUGUAUUCUAUUUUUCAAGGUUUGUCUCCUUCGGUAUUUUCAAACCUAGCCGAUCGAUACGGAAGAAGGAUAAUCAUCAUGAUGUGUCUGCUGAUGUACAUGCUAGUCAACAUAGGAAUUGCGUGUAACAACUCGUACGCAGGUCUGAUGGUGUUGAGAUGCCUUCAGGCAGCAGGUAUUGCAAGCACACUGUCUGUGUCUUCCGGAAUAGUUUGCGAUCUUACCGUCGAAUCUGAGCGCGGACUUUACAUGGGUAUCACAACCGGAGUGACGCUUACUGGGCAGGCCAUUGGAGCCAUAAUAGGUGGCUUGAUCCAAAAUUCACUGGGAUGGAGAGCUAUAUUUUGGUUCCUAGCCAUUGCAUCUGGAUCCACAUUGGUAUUGAUAGCGAUGCUCUUACCAGAAACUAACAGGGCAAUUGUGGGAAAUGGGUCUACUCUUCCUAACACAUGGAGAGUGGUGGCCAUUCCGCCGGUGCUUUUGCUACCAUGCUGGAAAAAUAGACGCCUGCAGCCAGGCCUUGAAAACAACACAAUAACCCCCAUCAAGGAAUUUGAUAUAAUUGCUCCUCUCAGAAUCAUGAAGUGCAUAGAGGUGCUGUUAGUGCUGGCGCCAGCAUCAACGGUGUACGCUGGAUGGCUGAUGAUGCUCACCUCCUUAUCAACGUCUCUCCAGGACGACUACGGAUACUCGACCAUACAUGCAAGUAUUUUGUACAUUCCCAGCGGAGUUGCUGGAAUUACAGGUUCAAUUCUGGGAGGAGAGUUGUUAAAUUGGAACUACAGAAGGUCUUUUGAGCACUAUGCAGAUUGCGUGUGUGGUUACACUCGAUGCCCUAAACCGUUCAACUUUCUGAAGGCCAGAAUUCCAUUUUUGUUUGGUACAGUGAUAUUAGCUAUGGCAGGGUUAAUUAUGUUUGGAUGGUGCAUUGAUAAAAAAGUUAAUGUGACUGCCGUUAUGGUUGCCUCGUUUUUGGUGGCUUUCGGUGCUAUGUCUGCAAUGUCGGUUGCGUCUACAUUACUGGUUGAUAUGUUCCCAAAAAGUCCAUCUGCCGCCGUGGCCUGUUUGAAUCUCACAAGAUGUCUCUCAGCUGCUGUUGGCUUGGCAAUUCUUUCACUUUCAAAUGCUCAGGUUGGAGUUGGCGGGACGUAUAGUUGGCUGAGUGGGUUGGUGACCGCGUCAAGCUUCUGCGCAAUAAUCGCAUACGUAUACAGCGAGAAGUUCUGGUUCAGUGGUCAUACCGAGCAAGCAUAG